AUGAUUAAUAGUAAUAAAUAUAAUUACAUUAUUAUUAUAUUAUUUAUUGGAAUUAUUUUUAUACCAUUAUUUGAGACAAAACUAUAUUUUGAUAAAAGUUUUUUUGGUAAAAAUAUAAGUAAACGUCAAACAGUUGUAUCUUCAAAUGCCAAUUCUACUGGACAGGGUGAUAAAGUUGAUACAAAUGCUGAGGCAGAACAUUAUAAAAAUAGUGAAGGAAUAAUUGGUGUUAAUACAAGUUCAAGUGGUGAUGCCACAGGAUCAGGUCAAACUGGAGUAAAUAAUCAAGCAUAUGGAUCUGUUGGAGAUAAAGAAAUUGGAUCAAUAGGAAAUGCUGGAGCACUUGGAGCAGAUUCAGAAUCACAUUCAAAUAUUAAUGCUGGUAUUCAUGGAGAUAAAUGGGCUGUUGAAUCUUUUCAACAUUCUAAAGGACAGGGAGCCGGAGAUACUGGAGCUGCUUCAAAUGGAGUAAUUGAAAUGUCAAAUGGAAGUGUAUCAUCACCAUAUAGUUCAAAUAAUACUAAAUCAUCUGCUGGUGCAACAGGUAGUUUAUCAUCAUCAUCUGAAAUUGUUUCAAGUCAAGUUUUAACAUGGGAUGCUAUAUUACUUCAACUUGUUGGUAGUGCUGUUGCACAGGGAUUAUUUAAUGCACAGGCUAAUGUUGAUUUAAAAGCUGGAAAUGCUAAUAAUGGUGUAGAGAUGAAUGGUAUUGUUUCGGGAGAUAAUUUAAAUGGUGGUCUAGUAAAUGCUCAAGUUAAUGGAAAUGCUGUUAUGAAUAAUAGUAAUCAUGAACUUUUAGGAAAUAUGUAUGGAAGUGUUAAUGGAACAGGAACUAGUAAUUUAGUUGGUGCUAGUAAUUUACAAAGUAAUAGUAGUGGAAUUUCAAAUUCUAUUCAAUCAUUUGGUGAUGCCAAAGUCCACUCUGAUGGCCAUAAUCAAAUUACUCUAAAUUCAAAUACUAACACUACAAAUGCACAAAAUAUUGAUGGAAAUUAUGGAAAUUUAAUUGUUAAUUCAACAGCUACUGGUAAAAAUUCAAGUAUGACAUUGUCUGGUGGACUUAAAGGAAAUACAGGAAAUGAUACAACGAUAGCUUUAGGAGAUGGUAAUAUACAAUCACAAGGAUCAGAUUCAAGUAACUCUUCAAUGGUUGUUCAAUCAAAUUUUAAUCCUCAAGGUGAUGGUAGUUUAAUUGUAAAUGGUGAUGGUCAAGCAUUAUCUAGUAGUGGUAAUCCAGGAACAUUAAAUAUGGUUUCUAAUGGUAAUGUUUCAAAUAGUAAUGGUGUUCUAAACUUAGGUACAGCAAGUGGAAGUGGUUCUGCAGCAGGAGAUAAAGUUAAUAUAACUGGAAAUAACUUUUUAAAUAUUAAUACUCUGGGAGCAUCAGGAAAUUCAUACAUGGGUUCACAGGCUGAGGGAACUGGAAAUUCUAGUGCUUCAUCACAAGCAAAUCUUUCUAUUAAUGAUGGAAAUGGCCCACCACGAGAAUCAUCGGCACAAGGAGUUGUAUCAGCUACAGGUGAUAAAAGCAAAGCUACAUCAUAUUCAGUAGUUACUGACAAUAACGGAGUCCAAUCAUUGAUAAAUCAACAAACAGCUUCCAGUUCAGGGAAAGGGUCUUCCUCUGCAUCAGCAAGUAAUUCUGCAAUUUUAAAAAAGAAGUAA